CCUGGAAGCGCUGGUCUACCUGGUCCGGAUGCUCACUACUGUCCAUGUCCGCCACGAAGCUCCGUAUUUGUGGCGGCAGUGAAGAAGGCCCGAGCCCGGCAUUAGAGUACCACACGACAUUUAACACCAUCAUCGCCGCCACCUUCAUCGUCGUCAUGUAUCGCAGCACCAAAUCCACGUCGCGCUCAAUCACCGUUGUCACCGUCACUGAAUACUGCAGUAGUGGUCUCAUUGCACGAAAAAAAGAAGCAUGCGAAAAUAUUAAACAAUUCACUGCUCAGCUGUUACCUUGUAACAUUACACUUGAACAACAGCAGCUUGUGGUACUCAAAAAUUUACACGUCUUCAAACUUACUCGACACUGACA